AUGCCUCUGGAAAAGCAUCAAUACCUGUCGGAGGUGUGGAAGGGCAACCUCUUCGUCGACAAAGUCGUCUUCUGUACCGGGGGAAACGGUAGUAUCUGCUCGGCGCAAGUGCGAGCAUUGGUGCACCUAGGGGCGAAUGCGUGCAUCGUCGGACGCAAUGUUGAGAAAACCCAGUCAGUGGCCAAAGACAUUGCCACCGCUCGACCGGGGAGCAAGGUUCUGGGUAUUGGGGCAGUGGAUGUCCGUAACGUCGAAAACUUGGAGGCCGCCGUCAAGCAGUGCGUGGAAGAGCUCGGGGGAAUUGAUUUUCUCAUCGCCGGAGCAGCGGGCAACUUCCUUGCGCCCAUCUCACAACUCUCGCCCAACGCGUUCAAAUCGUGUUACCACACCUCGUGGCGUCCUGCAAGAAGUAUAACUCCUCGACGUCCCUGCCCAAACCUUUGGGGGGGGCCUGGAGGCCGGAUCAUCUACGUGUCCGCCACCAUCCACUACACCGGGGCAGCCUUACAGGCGCAUGUGGCCGUCGCCAAAUCUGGGGUCGAUGCACUCUCAGCAAACGUGGCCAUCGAGUACGGUCCGUUGGGCGUGACGUCGAAUGUCAUCGCUCCCGGUCCUAUUGCUGGCACGCACGGCAUGGACCGCCUCUCGAAGGAGCACUACGCUGGCCAAACAGCCGGUCGAACCAUACCCCUGGGACGCUGGGGCAGCAUCAAAGAGAUUGCAGACGCCACGGUCUUUCUUUUCAGUGAUGCGGGAAACUACGUAAACGGGGAAGUCCUCGUAGUCGACGGCGGUGCCUGGCGCACCGGUGCUGGCUCUCCAGGAUACGGCAAUUUCGAGUAUCCAGAAUUUCUUCUCUCUGGCGCCGAGGUCACCGGCGGCAAGCCGAAACCGGGUAUAAAAGAUUUUGUUAUGCCAAAGAAUACGUGGAUUAAAGACCACGUCUUUCUGUCCAAGGUCCGACUCAUGCACAACCUCAUGGUCUCAACCCUUAGUCAGAUGAAGCCUUGCUUGACGCCACUGUUGGCAAAGCCCAAGAUCAUGGGAAGUGAUGUUGCCAUGCCCAUCAAAUUCCUGUCUUCGAAAUACAUAUAUUGGAACAAACGGAUUCAGACUUAUCAGCAAAUGACUUAUCAGAAACACUUUGCGGAUUCUCCGCAGACCAAAAAUAAAUCAGAAGAUCGAGGAACCUCGGUCCCGCGACGAAUACUCUUCUAUCAAGCCUUUUUCAGUCGCGAAAAUCACUAA